AUGGCCAAGGACCUAACCACGACAGUCUAUGAGCCCAUCCAGCCCGAGGGCUUGGCUCUCGUUCUGUUGGUGGUGACCAUCAUCUUUACGAUUCUCUCAAUCCUCAUUGCGGGCCUGCGUUUUUGGGUCCGUAUCUCACUAAACGCCUUUGCUGUCGAAGAUUGGUUGAUGCUUGCUGGCCUGAUCCUCAACAUUGCGCACAAUGCCUCGGUCAUUGUUCUCGCAUACAGCGGCAUCGGAUCCCGCGACGAUGUCAUCACCGUCGGCAUGCAGUACAAGAUAGGUCUUUGGACCAUCAUCUGGCAGUUCAUCUACGUCCUCGACGGCGCAAUCAUCAAGUCGAGCAUCAUCUGGACCCUUCUCCGACUCGCCAAGGACCUCAACAAGAUCUACACAAAGAUCCUAUGGGGCCUCUUCGGCUUCAGCUGGAUCGUCUGGCAGAUCUCAUGGCCUGUGGCCAUCUUCCAGUGCAAGCCCGUCGCGGCGGCAUGGGGUGAGCCAGGAGACUGCACCUCUGGACAGACAGUCAUUCUGAGGGUGUCCUACUUUGUCUCGGCCUCCAACAUCUUUACCGAUAUCAGUACCGCAUUGGUGCCUAUGUUUCUGCUCCGCCGCCUCCAGAUGCCCAAGAGGACCAAGCUCAUGACCAUGGGCGUCUUGUCGCUGGGUGUCUUUGCAUCAGUGGCCACCACUAUCCGUAUCACCUAUACUUGGGCGUAUACUGCACCUUCUGGAAGAUUUUGUACGAUUCAUCGCCCCCUUAUCAGGAACAGAGCUAACAAUACUUCAGACGAGAUUGGCAAGAUCGUCUUGCUUACAGUCCUCGAAUGCGACCUCGGUAUCAUCGCCGGCUCCAUGCCCAUGCUGCGCCGUCUCAUCCGCAACCUCGCCCCCUCGUACGGUUCAAAAGACAAAACCCCCGGACGAUCUGGCGACGUCAACCUAGUAACCAUCGGCGGUACAUCCGGUCGACGAACCCACGUGAAGCUUUCGAAUGGUGGUACCAGCAGGAACGACGACAACGAGAACCACUUUCAAGACAAGGAGAGCAACGAUGACGACGAGUCGACCCGCCGUAUGAUACAUAUUACCCGCGAGGUCGAGCAGGAUAGCAUAUCAGGACAGAAUUUGCCUCGUAAUCAUCAGGUGGAUGUUGAGAUCUCUGGCGGCGAUAGACAACCGCCAAAGUCGGACCCCGGCUCGGCACGGAGUUGGAGGCACUAG